AUGACUUAUGUGGGAUACCUUGGAUGUGCGUUGAAAUCAGCCUCGGCUAGCAAGAGAUAUCUGGUGCCAACACGAGUCGGGAGAGUACGGCUAUGGGAAGAUAAAUACCUCACUCUUAAGGAAGACAGGCCAUUAGCUUCCGCAUACAAAGAACGCAUAAACAAGGCACAGUAUGGUAUGGUUAUGCUCAAAAGAUUCAAGACGAAUGAUCAUCGCAUACAGCAUAUACAUGGGCAUACUAUCGCUCCAAAAUGCUCAGAUGUGCCUGAUGUUCGGCACACCAUACCGCAACUCCGAGCAUGUAGUACAAUUGUCUCACGUACAACAUAUCUGACUUGUCACUCGGCGAUCCAACCAGGAGCAUCUGCAGUUGUAUCUGUACAACCACAUGCCACCUCGGCGGUUAUUGGGUACCCUUUUCUAGGUUUUGUCCGGACACAAUGCCGAACCCUAUCCCUGCUGUUGGUCCGAUUUCGAGUGGCUUACGUGCAUAUGUUGGUAUGUCAUAUAGGGAAGCUGAUGUGA